UAGUCCAUGAGAAAUCAGUGUGCAAUUCUGCAGAGCGGAGACAGUCAUCCUUGACAGGUGCUGAGCAGAAUGAAAUGCAGCUGAGAUAACCUGAGGUUACAGGGUUUUUAAUGGGUGGUGCAAAUUGUGACAUCAGGGUGGGGAUGUGUCUCCAGCUCUCCAGGAGACUGGAUGGUACUGUAGUCUGUGCUCAUGCACCCUGAAAGGGUAUAUAGAUAAUACUUAGGAGGUACCUUCCUGCGUCUUGAACUCUUGUCUCCAUUCAUCCUCCAUCCAGCCCCUGGGAAGGUGUCUGGCUCUGGAUGCGUGUGUUGCACCUGCUCUGUGCGCAGCAGCAUCCAUCUCCUCCCCUCCACAUACAGGAGCUGCUGGCUGCUGCUCAGCAUCCAGGAGGAGACACGCCUGGCACAGGGGGACACAGACACGGAUCUCACCCCUCCAGGAGGAGUAAGGAGCAGACCAUCACAUCAGCGAGACUCACAGCAUUCAGGCUUUUGGAAUUAAAAGGCAUCCAUCCCCCUAUGGGCAUUCAAUAGAGGUUAUCCCCUGAUGCUGUUGGAGGUUCCAUAUCGAGAAAAGCAUUAAAAAAAAAGGAGAUCAUUGUUCCUUUACUGGGUUUCGCACAGUUUCUUCAGAGGGUCUGCGUGCACACAGGACGCAGGAGCGGAUAAGAACAUAGGAGACAUCUAACGCCUGUAUUAUAAUGAAUUCCAUUAUGAAAGGAGCUAAGCAGUAAAUAAAAGGUGCAGGAUGAAAAGAUGGCGCAGGCACGACUUGUACCACCAGGACCCGACAGCUUCCACUACUUUACCAGGGAGUCUCUUACUGCUAUCGAGAAGCGUAUUGCAGAGGAGAAAGCAAAGAAGCCGAAACAAGACCACAUCAAUGAUGAUGACGAGAAUGGCCCUAAGCCAAGCAGUGACUUGGAAGCGGGCAAAAGUUUGCCAUUUAUAUACGGUGAUAUACCUGCAGGAAUGGUGUCAGAACCAUUGGAGGACCUAGAUCCAUAUUAUAUGACUCAAAAAACUUUUAUAGUAUUGAACAGAGGGAAGGCAAUCUUCCGCUUCAGUGCCACGUCUGCCUUGUACAUUUUAACUCCUUUUAACCCUCUUAGAAAAGUAGCUAUUAAGGUUUUGGUACAUUCGUUAUUCAGCAUGCUAAUUAUGUGCACUAUUUUGACCAACUGUGUGUUCAUGACCAUGAGUAAUCCCCCAGAAUGGACAAAGAAUGUAGAAUACACAUUCACUGGAAUUUAUACAUUUGAAUCUAUGAUAAAAAUUCUUGCAAGAGGUUUUUGUCUAGAAAAAUUUACCUUUCUGCGAGAUCCAUGGAACUGGCUUGAUUUCAGUGUAAUUGUUAUGGCAUAUGUGACAGAGUUUGUGGACCUGGGCAAUGUCUCAGCAUUGAGAACAUUCAGAGUUCUCCGAGCAUUGAAAACAAUUUCAGUCAUUCCAGGCCUGAAGACCAUCGUGGGAGCUCUGAUUCAGUCGGUGAAGAAGCUUUCAGACGUGAUGAUUCUCACGGUGUUUUGUCUGAGUGUGUUUGCACUAAUAGGACUGCAGCUGUUCAUGGGUCACUUAAGAAAUAAGUGUUUACUUUGGCCCCCUCUGUACAGUAACCAUGGAUUGAAUACCACUUCCUACUUUAAUGAUACAAUGGACGCUAACAGCACAUUUUUCAACAAUACCGUCCUUGAUUUUGACUGGCAGGAGUACGUUGAAGAUCCAACUCACUUUUACAGGUUGCAAGGUCAUAGGGACUUUUUGCUCUGCGGUAAUUCUUCAGAUUCAGGCCAAUGCCCAGAAGGAUAUAUGUGUGUAAAAACUGGAAGAAACCCCAAUUAUGGUUACACAAGUUUUGAUACAUUCAGCUGGGCGUUCUUAUCCUUAUUUCGGCUAAUGACCCAAGACUACUGGGAAAAUUUAUACCAACUGACCCUCCGUGCUGCCGGUAAAACCUACAUGAUCUUCUUCGUUCUGGUGAUCUUCUUGGGCUCCUUCUAUUUGGUGAACUUGAUCCUGGCUGUGGUUGCCAUGGCUUAUGAAGAACAGAAUCAGGCAACUUUAGAAGAGGCGGAGCAGAAAGAGGCUGAAUUUCAGCAAAUGCUAGAGCAACUAAAAAAACAGCAAGAAGAAGCUCAGGCCUCAGCUGCUGCAGCACUCAAUUUGUCAAGAGAAUACAGCGAAGAUGGUGGUUUUGGGCCACUUUCUGAAAGCUCAUCAGAAGCUUCCAAGCUUAGUUCAAAAAGCGCCAAAGACAGAAGGAACCGGAAAAAGAAAAGAAGACAGAAGGAGUUAGGAGAGGAUGACGAGAAAGGGGAUGAUGAGAAGUUUCCAAAGUCUGAAUCCGAAACAAGUAUCAAAAGGAAAGGCUUUCGUUUCUCCAUUGAAGGAAAUCGCCUCACUUAUGAAAACAAGUUUUCUUCUCCACACCAGUCCUUGCUGAGCAUUCGUGGAUCUCUGUUUUCACCAAGACGCAAUAGUAGAGCAAGCCUCUUCAGCUUUAGAAACCGUGCAAAAGACAUGGGGUCAGAAAAUGACUUUGCAGAUGAUGAACACAGCACUUUUGAGGACAAUGAGAGCAGGAGAGGUUCCUUGUUUGUUCCUCACAGACAUGGAGAAAGACGGAACAGUAAUAUAAGCCAAGCCAGUAAGUCGUCCAAGACCAUGCAGGUGCUACCAGCAAAUGGCAAGAUGCACAGCACAGUGGAUUGCAACGGUGUUGUCUCUCUGCUUGGUGGUCCAUCCGUCCCGACAUCGCCUGUUGGACUACUUCUGCCAGAGGUGAUAAUAGAUAACCCAACUUCUGAUGACAAUGGAACUACCACAGAGACUGAGAUGAGGAAGAGAAAGUCAAGCUGUUAUCAGGUAUCUAUGGAUCUGUUAGAAGAUCCCACAGUGAUGAGGCAGAGAGCCCUGAGUGUUGCCAGUAUAUUGACGAACACAAUGGAAGAACUUGAGGAGUCCAGACAGAAGUGUCCACCUUGUUGGUACAAAUUUGCAAACACCUUUUUAAUCUGGGAUUGUAGCGAAUCUUGGCUGAACAUAAAGCAUGUUGUAAAAUUAGUUGUGAUGGAUCCUUUUGUGGACCUUGCUAUUACAAUCUGCAUUGUUUUAAACACGCUGUUUAUGGCUAUGGAGCAUUACCCAAUGACUGAAGAAUUUAACUACGUUCUCAGUGCUGGUAACCUGGUUUUUACUGGAAUCUUUACAGCGGAAAUGGUUUUUAAGCUGAUUGCCCUAGAUCCAUACUAUUAUUUUCAAGAAGGUUGGAAUAUUUUUGAUGGUAUCAUCGUGAGCCUCAGUUUGAUGGAGUUGGGUCUUGCUAAUGUGGAAGGAUUAUCAGUGCUUAGAUCAUUUAGACUGCUCCGUGUCUUCAAGUUGGCAAAAUCAUGGCCAACACUCAAUAUGCUGAUCAAGAUCAUUGGUAAUUCCGUGGGAGCUUUGGGAAACUUGACCUUGGUGUUGGCCAUUAUCGUGUUUAUCUUUGCUGUGGUCGGCAUGCAGCUAUUUGGUAAAAGCUACAAGGAAUGUGUCUGUAAAAUUUCUGAAGACUGCGAACUUCCCCGCUGGCACAUGAAUGACUUCUUCCAUUCAUUCCUGAUUGUUUUCCGAGUGCUGUGUGGAGAAUGGAUCGAGACCAUGUGGGACUGUAUGGAGGUGGCCGGACAAUCUAUGUGCCUCUUGGUGUUCAUGUUAGUCAUGGUGAUCGGGAAUCUUGUAGUUUUGAAUUUGUUCCUGGCUUUGUUGCUGAGUUCAUUUAGUUCCGACAACCUCACAGCUACAGAUGAUGACAAUGAGAUGAAUAAUCUCCAGAUUGCUGUGGGAAGGAUACAAAGGGGAAUAGAUUUCAUUAAGAAAACAGUACGAGAAUGCAUCCAAAAAGCCUUUGUUAAGAAAAAGAAAGUUCUAGAUGAAAUCAAACCGCUGGAAGAGCUGCACAACCGAAAAGAAAGCUGCCUUUAUAACCAUAAUGCAGUUGAUAUAAAUAAAGACUUAGAUUAUCACAAGGGUGGCAAUGGAACUACCAGUGGAGUAGGCAGCAGUAUGGAAAAGUACAUUAUUGACGAAAGCGAUUAUAUGUCAUUUAUACAUAACCCAAGCCUCACUGUAACUGUUCCUAUUGCUGUCGGGGAAUCUGAUUUUGAAAAUCUCAAUACGGAAGAUUUCAGCAGCGAAUCAGACCUAGAGGAAAGCAAAGAGAAACUGAAUCUAACCAGUUCAUCUGAAGGGAGCACCGUGGAUAUCAGACCCCCUGGGGUAGUUGUGGAAGGAGAAGGGGAGCUGGUAGAGACUGAACCAGAGGAGGCUCAGGAGCCUGAUGCCUGCUUUACAGAAGGCUGUGUUAAGAGAUUUCCAAUUUGCCACGUGAAUAUUGAUGAAGAGAACGGCAAGACAUGGUGGGCGUUUAGGAAAACCUGUUAUAUAAUUGUAGAACACAACUGGUUUGAAACCUUUAUUAUAUUCAUGAUUCUCCUUAGCAGUGGAGCUCUGGCUUUUGAAGAUAUCUACAUUGAACAACGGAAAACCAUUAAAACCAUGCUGGAAUAUGCAGAUAAAGUCUUCACAUAUAUCUUUAUUUUGGAAAUGCUUCUGAAAUGGGUGGCAUACGGAUUUGUAAAAUAUUUCACCAAUGCCUGGUGCUGGCUGGACUUCCUAAUUGUUGAUGUCUCUCUUAUUAGCUUAGUAGCUAAUGCCUUGGGAUAUUCAGAACUAGGGGCUAUUAAGUCACUAAGAACAUUAAGGGCGUUGAGACCACUAAGAGCCCUCUCACGGUUUGAAGGGAUGAGGGUGGUUGUGAAUGCGUUGAUCGGAGCCAUUCCCUCCAUUAUGAACGUGCUGCUGGUUUGUCUUAUAUUCUGGUUGAUUUUCAGCAUUAUGGGCGUGAAUCUUUUUGCGGGAAAGUAUUAUCAUUGUGUUAAUACUACCACUGAAAAAAUGUUCCUCGAUACUGAAGUUAAUAACAAAACAGAAUGUUUGCAGCUUCAAAAUGAAAGUGCUCGAUGGAAGAAUGUAAAAGUGAAUUUUGAUAACGUGGGUGCAGGGUAUCUUGCAUUACUUCAAGUGGCCACAUUUAAAGGAUGGAUGGACAUUAUGUAUGCUGCAGUUGAUUCACGAAAGUUGGAAGACCAACCUAAAUAUGAAGAAAACCUAUACAUGUAUUUAUACUUUGUCAUCUUCAUCAUAUUUGGCUCUUUUUUCACCCUGAACCUCUUCAUUGGUGUUAUUAUUGACAACUUCAACCAGCAAAAAAAGAAGUUUGGAGGUCAAGAUAUCUUCAUGACAGAGGAACAAAAGAAAUAUUAUAAUGCAAUGAAGAAGCUGGGGUCUAAAAAACCACAAAAGCCUAUUCCAAGACCACCAAAUAAAUACCAAGGCUUAGUAUUUGACUUUGUAACAAAGCAAGCAUUUGAUAUCACCAUCAUGAUCCUUAUUUGCCUGAACAUGGUAACAAUGAUGAUUGAAACAGAUGAACAGAGUGAUGAUAUGGAAAACAACUUGUAUUGGAUUAACAUGGUUUUCAUUGUCCUGUUCACGAGUGAAUUUGUUCUGAAACUGAUUUCACUGCGUCACUAUUACUUCACAAUUGGCUGGAACAUUUUCGAUUUUGUUGUUGUCAUUCUUUCCAUUGUAGGUAUGUUUCUGGCAGACAUGAUUGAAAAUUAUUUUGUUUCUCCAACACUAUUCAGAGUUAUAAGACUUGCUAGGAUUGGGAGAAUCUUGCGUCUCAUUAAAGGAGCUAAAGGAAUACGUACACUGCUCUUUGCAUUAAUGAUGUCACUUCCUGCCCUAUUCAAUAUUGGUCUUUUGCUCUUCUUAGUGAUGUUCAUUUACGCUAUCUUUGGAAUGUCCAACUUUGCCUAUGUCAAGAAAGAAGCGGGAAUUGAUGAUAUGUUUAAUUUUGAAACGUUUGGCAACAGUAUGAUUUGCCUGUUCCAAAUUACAACAUCAGGAGGAUGGGAUGGAUUAUUGGCACCAAUUCUUAACAGUGGACCACCAGACUGUGACCCAAAUGCAGAACAUCCAGGGAGUUCUGUGAGGGGUGAUUGUGGUAAUCCAUCAGUUGGGAUUUUUUUCUUUGUAAGUUAUAUCAUCAUAUCAUUUUUAGUUGUGGUAAACAUGUAUAUUGCUGUCAUUUUGGAGAACUUUAGUGUUGCCACAGAAGAAAGUGCAGAACCUCUGGGAGAGGAUGACUUUGAGAUGUUCUAUGAAGUCUGGGAAAAGUUUGACCCAGAUGCAACACAGUUCAUUCAAUACAGUAAAUUAACUGACUUUGCUGAUGCACUGGAUCCACCUCUUCGUAUACCAAAACCAAACAGAGUUCAACUUAUUGCAAUGGAUCUUCCCAUGGUAAGCGGUGACAGAAUUCACUGCCUUGACAUCCUGUUUGCAUUCACAAAGCGUGUGUUGGGUGAAGGAGAUGAAAUGGACAAUCUCCGACAACCAAUGGAAGAACGUUUCAUGGCAUCCAAUCCUUCAAAAGUCUCCUAUGAACCAAUUACAUCUACAUUACGGAGAAAGCAAGAGGAAUUGUCUGUUGUUAUCAUUCAGCGGUGUUUCCGGAGAUAUAUUUUACGGAAAACAAUUAAAAAAGCUUCAUAUAUGUAUAGAAAAGAAAAAAUGAAAGAAGCAAAUUGCUUGCCUAUUAAAGAAGAUAUGGUUAUUGAACAGCUUAACGGAAACUCAACCACAGAGAAGACGGACAUGACGCCCUCUACAACGUCACCUCCAUCAUAUGAUAGUGUAACAAAACCAGAAAAGGAAAAACAUGAAAAAGAUAAAGCAGAAAAAGAGGACAAAAGCAAAGAUGCUAGGGAGAAUAAAAAAUAAACUGCACAUUUUUUUCAUUUGUGUGAUAAUUUGUUUACAACCUGUGAAGAUGACCCAUCUGUGUCAACAGGACUCCUUUGGGAGAUCUAUGCCAAACUGACAGUUCUUGCAUAUAUGUACUCAAGGUCAGUGCCUAAAAUAAGACAGUGACCUCAUGUCAAAAGAUGGUGUAUCAACCUUGACUGGCGGUUACUGUUUAAAUUACCAGUUGACACUUCUAACACAGAGAGCCACAAAUAGCUGCUCAAUAUGUUGGGACCAGUCAAGGAAAUGCAAACCUAUACUGUUUCUGUGCUUCACAUAAAACACUGUAGUACAAUAAUUGUGUCCACUGUUUGCAUUUUCAAUGACCAUACUGCCAUAUGUUUACAGAACUUGUGUUAGUGAUAAAACCAUUUCUUUUAUAUUUAAUUUGUAGGCAUUUCCUUAUGUAUGUGACUAUUUUUUGUAAAUGGGUUUUACAGUGCGUUCGGGAUAUAGUACAACCUUUAAGGAAAUUCUUAUAAGUCUGUGGGGGAAAAAAAAACGACCACACACUGUACACGUGAAGCAGUCAAUCACACUAGCAGUCAAUGGCAUGAGUAUAAAACAAGCAGGCAUACAUAAACCAUUCCUGAAUAUUGACACCAAUGUAUGGAUUCAAAUAGUUAUUGUUUGGGUAUAUGGUUAUGCUGUGGUUCCCAUUAGUGACUGUCACAUGAAGUCACUGUGAUGUUUUAAAACAUGCAUCCCAAAAAAAAAGCAAUGAAUAUACAAUAAUAGUUCCAAUUAUUAAUGUCCUCUUACCAAGAAGAACACGAUCAAUCAGAAAGAGAAUUCCAGUCUAUGUCUGUCAGCAGUUCUUUGGUGUUCUGUAUUGCAUCUUUCAAGUUCUAAGCUAUUUUAAAUAAAACUUAGAUUAAAUAAGUAUAAACUGCUGUUAAAUAAUGGCUGAGGUAUGUUUACAACAGCACAAUAGAAUAUAUCAGUGGAGUGCAUAUAACAAAAUCAGAUGAUAUUAAAGAUUGUUGACAAAGAUAUUUAUUAGAUGGACAGGAAGAGUUUACGAAACAGACAUUUUUACCAAUAUAAAUAUAAAUACCAAUAAUUUAUAUAUGUUUAUUUAUUUUAUUUAUACAGUUCUAUUUAACAAUUAUGCAUUGUUGUGUUAUGUAACAAAGAAGGGACUGUGGUGAUUUGACAGGGAGAUCAUCUAUUUAAACAUAUUGUUUCAUAAACAAAGUUUAAGGUGGAAACACUAAUAGAGAGAAAGCCCUUGAAUAUAAAGAGUAAUGUCUAACUUCUGGUCGGCAAGUAAAAGGCUUUUCUAUGACCCAUAAUGUGCCUGUGAACUCCCAAGCCUUUUGUAAUGUUGAAUCAUUUUAGGUGUGUUUUGCCAAAGGACAGAAACGCCUAUUGUGCUUGCCUGAUUGGCCGGUCUGCCCAUAUGUACUCAAGAACAUGAGAUACAGACCACACCCACUUGCAGCACAAGAUCACUAAGUUUGAAAGUGUUCCAUAGUGGAAUGUACAACAAAAUAAUUAAGGAAAAACAUACCUCCCUGGGAGGAACACCUCAUAUAUACUUGUUUCAAAAGGAUGUGGGUGUAACAUGUUUAGGGCUGAUCCACUGCAAUGUUUGGACAGUAAUACUUUGCAAGGCUCCAACCGAAAGCUCACAAGACUUGUAUAUAAAAUAAAUUUCCUGUUUCAAAAACAUAGUCGGAGAACAGCAAAUGUGUAUUUCACUGAUGUUAAAUAACGAGAUUAUUGACAUUGUUAUAACAUGAUUUUAUGUCUAUAGACAAGAGACUAAUGUUAUCACUUGAUGACGUGUUCCACAGAGAUGUUUUCAUGACACUUAAUGAGGUGUAUCAUGUAUCCAUAUCACUGGUGAAAACAAGUUAACCAAUAAAUGGGCGUCUUCCCUGAAUGAUUGUAAUUAUUUUGACACCUGAAGUCAUGCAAAAUAAAUUCUUGCUUUGUUAAUGACAAAA